ACUGUUAGAAAUUUUUAAUUAUUAAAAGUGUCAUCACAUUGGAUUAUGGAGGAGGAUGGCUUUCCGGCAACGAUGAUCACCUUUAAUAAUGAUCUUACUCCACAAAAUACUCUAAUCUUUCUUUAAAACUUGAAAUCAAAGCACAUCUCUGAAGAUGAGUGCUGAAUUAGAUUUCAAUAUAUUGACCAACAGCAGGUUUGAUGCAAAAUGGCUUAAAAUAGAUCUUCAAGAUGCCCUAAAACGCCAUCAGUUGGCACAAUCCUGGAAUGAACUCAUUAAAGAUGGGGAGAUCUACGGUGACUUCAGUGAAACUCUUUUGAAUGGUGUUGGUGUUGCAGCUCGAAAAGGUCAUAGCGGACACUACUACUGCGGACUGCGAGUGCUGACCUGUGCCUGUUGUGAUGGGAUCUGUGGUCCCCAACGAGGCUGCAACUGCGGCCCGUGCCAACAACUGGACCAGGAGGAGGUUUGUCGCACACAGCAACACAAGCCGCAGCCUUCGCAAUACUUGCUUGACCGAUGGGAGUGGGCCAACACACAGUGCCGCAAGGAGCUGGAGACGUGUGUGGAGUCGUUGGCAUAUGAGCAAAAACAGCUGUGUGAAAGUGUAGCUGGCAGCACGUUGUCCGUAUGUAGACUGAGACAGAGACUGGCCGUGACGUACAGGUACUUCCUGGCUCUCGGACGUCACUCCCCCACCACUGACUCUUCUCGGACUGACUCCAGCAAGCAGCAGCCAAAAAGUGUCACACAGGCCAAGAAGAUCAUCAGCAAACAUUCCUCUGAAAAUGCUUCAUUGGGAUUGGCUCGUGUUGGAACCAGAGCUGCUCUUAAUUUCUCUUUUGCUUUCCUUCGGAGAGCUUGGAGAUCAGGAGAAGAUGCAGAUCUGUGCAGUGAGCUAUUACAAGAGUCUUUGGCUGCUAUGCAAUCUCUCCCAGUCGCUACGCUGUUUGAUGACUCUGCCGUCUCUCCGGUGUGGAUGGAAGUGGUUGAUCGAUCCGCCAAAUUUCUUAAACAAGUUGUACUGGGGGAUGACAACUGGGCAGGCAGUACCCAGGUACCUGUGAUGGACCAACAUUACGCCCUGUGUCUGUUGUUGGAGUUGGCCACACAGCGGGCGACUCUUAGUCACCUACUGGAAGCUGUGUUGUUACUGUUGAACUUGCAUGAGAGCAGGAAUCACCGACAGGACAACCGGUCUGACGAAGCUGACAUAAAUCCUCCACUGGUGCCAUUACUACGACGGAUAGAGAGCAUACCAUCUGCUAAAGCGCCCAGUUCAGCAGCUGAUGAGUGGAAUGACAACACUCCCUAUAGGGUGAGCCCUACGGCAUGUUUCCUGCAAUACCUGGAGCUCCCGGAAGAUGAUUGCAUUGACUUGCAGCUAGCGGCUAUUGUCAUCAUGGCUCAUCUUGAUAGACUGGCGACUCCAUAUCUACCACCUGCUACUUUUCUCCAGAACACAAAGCUGUUCCAAGAGGUUCAGGCGUGGGGUUGGCUACCGUGGGACCUGGGCGACACUCCGCACAGCUGUGAACAGAUCGGAGAACUCGGUGUGAACAAGAUGGCCUGCGGGGAGCUGGGCGUACUGCUGCUCUCACACUGCGGCAAACUGUACUUCAUGCCUUACACUUGCGAAUCUCAGAUUCCAGAGAAGGUUGAAGCUCUGGCCAACAAGGAGGUGGUGGAGAUUGCCGCACAUCCAGAUGCUAAGCACUACCUAGCUCUAACAGCGGAGGGAGAGGUUUACGCAUGGGGUUGCGGUGACGGAGGCAGACUGGGUCUAGGAGACUGUAGCAACAAAGAGGAGCCUACACUGGUAUCUACAUUGUCUGGGCUCAGAGUCACCAAGGUGGCUGUUGGCAACACUUACAGUGCUGCGAUAACUGCCAGAGGAGAGCUGUACACCUGGGGUAGAGGCAACUAUGGCAGACUCGGCCACGGCAGCAGUGAAGACGUCAAUCUGCCUACUCUCGUUGUUGGUCUUAAAGGACAGUACAUAGUUGACGUGGCUUGUGGUAGCGGAGACGCACAGACGUUAGCCGUCACUGACUCUGGUCUGGUGUUCUCUUGGGGUGACGGUGACUAUGGGAAACUUGGCAGAGGAGGAAGUGACGGAUCAAAACUACCAAAACUCAUUGACUGUUUACAAGGUGUAGAGAUCAGCCGAGUUUACUGCGGUGCUCAGUUCAGUCUGGCGCUGAGCAGCUCAGGUGAUAUCUACGCUUGGGGCAAGGGUGACAACUUCCGUCUCGGCCAUCCCUCUGAGGAGCAUGUCCGCUUUCCCAAGAUUGUACAAGCCAUGAAGGGCAAGAGGGUGAAGCAGCUAGCAGUAGGGUUGGUGCAUGUGUUAGCACUGACGGAGAGUGGGGAGGUGUACGGGUGGGGAAAACAAGAGUACGCUCAAUGUGGGGACCAAGCUUCAUCAGAUGAACCUCACCUUCUGACCCUUCUGAGAGGAAAAAACAUCGUUGGAUUAUCCUGCGGACCGACUCAGAGUUUUGCUUGGAGCACGAGCGACAGCUGGAAGAUCGGCCUACAUGUCAUGUUUGUGGUGGACGUUUGUGAGGAAACACUUCUGAGACUAGAGGAGCUGCUGACCAGUGUGUGUGAGGACAUCUUGGUCAACACCGACUGGCCACCUCCUCAACACAAAGAGUGCCUGAUAGUCUCCACACUGAACAUCCUGCGGCUGCAGCUGCACGCCAUGACCAAACACCAGGUGGACAGUGGCAGUGUGGGCAUGUCCGGCGGCUCACGACUACACUCGUCACUCAAGCGGCUUGUGGUCGAGCUGGCCAGCAGUGCUUGUGUGAUAGACAGUAUACAAGCAGCGGCUCAGGCGACACUGCAGGCUGGUUGGAGCAUAUUGCUGCCCACGGCUGACGAGCGCGCUAGGACAUUGUCCUCACUGUUGAGCGGUUCUGAGUGGGAAACCAACAACUUGAGUCAAGGCCAUCACUUCAUGACUGACUUGCUUGUGUCAAGUUUGAUGGCGGAUGGAGGUUUGGAAACAUCUUUGGAAGCAGCAAUCAAAGGGGAGUUAGCUGAAAUGAAAGAUUACGAUUCAGAUUUGCUUCUCGACUCUGAAAAUCACGACAGAUACUCUUCUGCUGUUCCUUUGCUUCACCUUGUCAAACAACUGCUGAGGAACUGUCUCGUCCAGAGUGAGAUGGCUUUGCAGACACUGAGACACAGACCAGGCCAACCUCGCUCUCCUAGCCUCAACCUGCUGCUGAGGUUCCAGAGACUCCUUGUGUCACAAAUCUUCCCUCAGAGUCAGCAGAACAAGCCGUAUGAAGAUGAAAACAGCCAUGGAGCACAGUCUCUGCUGUACAAGUACAUCCUGCUGUUGACUAAGCCUCUCACUAGAGUUAUCAACUUGGCAGCUGGUCUGGCGGCCCACAGCCCUCGCCACUUCUACGUCGUAACAGCCAUCUUGAAGCAAGACGCUGUUGAGAUGCUACUGCCGGAGUUGCUGGUGUCACUGGUGAUGUUACAACAAGAGGUUCCUCUGCUGUUACACUCUGUUGACUGGCUGCAGUUGUUCACUCCUCUACUGGAGUCUCUGGAAGCCUUCAACAGACUCACUCCAGGACUGGAUAAGGAAGAUGAUGAGGACCUUUCAUGGCCUGGAGUCAACAUAACCAGCAGUAACUACAAGAGUCCAGACGACAUGACGUUGAUACGCAAGGCUGACAUUGAGAAUCAUAACAGAGACGGAGGCUUGUGGGUGCUCAUCAACAACAAAGUGUAUGACAUUCAGGACCUCAGGUGUGGAGGUAAGGAAGGGAUGUGCCUAGCCCAGGAGGACCUGGCUCAAGCUCCUCAUGACAUCCUGGCCAGCUGCUGUGUCGGAAACUACCUGGAUCCUGAGGAGGAAGUCUUGCAGUCCGUAGAGCCAGCUGUAGCAGGGUCGCCAUUACUGGAUGCUGAGCGUGUGUUGGGCUACCUGCUGGGCCUCCACGCCCACUGGCUGGCACAGUCUACGCCCCAACAGCUGCCGGAGACCGAGGUGGUCUCCUGGCUCACCUCGGAGUUCCUGCAGGGAGGACUGCACGUCACCACGCCUCCCAGCCCGUACGAGGAGAAGAGCGAGGCGAGAAGUACAGGCAGCACGCCUACAGACCCCACCACGCCUCAGGCGCCCCAGGUCGACUCUAGCCCCAUGGAUAACAUCAGACUGUCGGAACACUGGAUGCACAACUUGAUGGGUCUCCUGGAUCACCACUUCAAGCAGCAGAACACGUACCACUUCAUGCGACACAUAGCCUUCACACCUGACCAUCCGGUGGAGGAAGUGGCCAGACUGUUACUGGCCGUGCUGGUGAAACAUCUGGCUCUGGGGCACCACGCUGUCAGUAUCACGGAGAAAGGUUUUGUAGGGAGCAAUGCCAAGCACUUUGCCAACGUCGCCAAAGUCGUUCAUCAGACCAAGUGGAAACUCAUCAAGAUGAGACAGGAACAGAACCGGUCCUACAAGGAGGUGUGUGCUCCCAUCCUGGACAAAUGCAGGUUUCUGCUGUACGAAGUGCGGCCUGCGACCAGCCACGAGUGUAAUGCUCUGAAGCAUCUGAGGCUGCUGUCAACAGAGUCAAGAUGGCGAAGAGUAAUAAGAACUGUUAUAAAACAACAAAGAGGCUUCAAGGCAGCUGAUAUACAGAAUCAAGACAUCAAAGCCAAGAAGAUGAGAGAAGAAGCUGGUGAUAAGACACCUCAGACUUCUAAAAGAUCUCCUAGUCCAGACAAACACUCAAGAGACGCAGAGAUUCCAGCGAGUUGUGAGAGUGAAGCCAGUCUGAUCCAAGCCAUCGCAGACUUUGUGACUAUGAGUGGAGACGUGGAGGCCUUACGUAAGGCGAUGUACUGUCAGAUUGAGAGAGCAAAUUUGCGUAAAUCAGGCCUCAACAUGAUGCUGCAACUGGUGAAGAAAGAACAUUUAAUACCUUCGGUGAAGUACUACCUGUUGAACGGUUGGCUAGGCCCUGCUACGCCUCGUCACCCCCAGCAAGCGAGGGGCAGAGUCUCUCACUGCCUCACUGACAUACACUUGGUCACCACAUAUCAGAAGGUGGAAGUGUUGCUGGCUCAAGCAGAGUUGCUUCAAUGGACACUACAGAGCCUGAAGGAUUUGGUGCUGCAGUCGGAACAUUGGGCCAAGUGGCACAGUCACGGUCUUCGGACAAGCUUCAACUCCCUGCGGAAACUCGCUUGGACCAGGUUUGUAAUUGUACUGGUCGGACUACUAACACAAGCUCACCAAGGAAACGAGCUCAGUCUGAUCAUCAACUCAGGCUUGUUUCCGCUCACUCAUUACAUUCUUAAAGAGACGGAGGUGGAGCAGACGACGCAACAGCUGGUGGUGGAGAGGAAGGAGACGUAUGUUAUCCUGGAGGAGCAGAGUGGCAGCUGCCGCCCAGACCUCACAGCGCUGUCGGGUCCGGAGAUGUCUCGCCUGCUCAAGAUAGGCACUAGAGUCGUUCGUGGCAUUGACUGGAAGUGGGGAGAUCAGGACGGGCCUCCACCGGGUGAGGGCCGGGUGAUAGGAGAGUUGGGUGAGGACGGGUGGAUCCGAGUGCAAUGGGACAACGGAGCCACCAACAGCUACCGCAUGGGCAAAGAGGGCAAGUUUGACUUGAAACUGGCAGAGCCUCCCUCUGCUGAUAACAAUGACGACUCUGAAUCUGUCGUCGAGAACAAACUUGCUUCACAAAAUAACGGAGAUGAAGUACCACCAGCAGACCGGCUGAGGCAGGCCGUGAUCAACUUGCUGAGGACAGUGGCUAUCAGUAGUGGACUAGAUGCUGAUCACAUGCAGCCUUCUGCUAUACAGGCUCUCACGUCUUUGCUGAGGAGCAUUGUACAGAUGAACCAUCUGACAGGCAAGUCCCAGAGAGGCUGGGCCAGUCUGGGGUUUAUCAGGGCAAUUUGUGUGUCGAGUCCUCUGUGUCAUGCACUGAGCUCACCACCGUGGCUGGACUUGUUGUUCAAUAUAGCUUCCUCCUUCGAUUCUCCCCUUGUCAAACUACCUAUUCAGCUCCAAGCGUUCAGGUUGAUGAAAGCAGUGUUGCCAACUGGCAUCAGCAACCAGGAGCAGCGCUACACUGUGCUGCAGAGGUUGUUUCACCUGCUCGGAGUCACAGCACUUAUGUGUCAGCAUGAUGUUGGUUAUUACACAGGCAACAUGAGGCCAGUGUUCCUGACGGCCAGUCAGACGACGACUAUCGUAGAGGAGUGCAUCUCCCUGCUGCGCACACUGUACACUGAGUGGACCCAGGUGUUCAACAUUGUACUCAGCUCUAAGCUGGCCACGGCUAGCGACCUCCUGUCCCAUCCACUGCUCAACCUGCAGAACGAAGCAGAGUUGGACACAGUGACUCUCCAGGCUGGAGCCAUGGCUUCCCUCCUCGUCAUUGGAGGAGUCGAUGACCGGCCAAGGCUGGGUGGUGUGGUCACCGUUGACGGCAGCGGAGAAGGAACGAUUUGCCGGUUCAACCAACAUGCCAAACUGAACGUCCAGAUGCACGAUAGCAGUGCGACCAAGAAACUGACACUGCACAAUCUAACAGUUGUACCAACUGCACCAUUCAAUCUGGACAAAAUAUCCCUGACUGAAAACAUGCUGGACACAUGGGCUACACUGUUGUCAGUCACAACACUCAGUCACACAUUCAAAACUUCCCCAGGUACCAUCAACAUACCGCUGUUGCGCAACCAGCAGCAGUUGCUGGUAGGCAUCAAAGCAGGUCGUGUGUUGUUGAGGCACCAACGAGUGCUGCGUAGAGUCUUACGCCGUCCGACACUUGCCCCCACCACCUCUCUUGAAGCACUCAAUGAAGUAGACGACCUUGAGAGUGACAGCACUUCUCUGUUGUUGCACCAUUUGGUGUCCAACGCUGUGCAGCCUUCGCCGGUCAAGUCUGAGUACAGCCGGCAAGAGCUUGAGGAGGCAGCAAUCUGCGUGAGUCAGUACCUGGCAGUCCAGGUGAAGGUGAAGCCGGCCGAUGUGUCCAACAGAGCCACGCGGGGCCGGCGAGGCGUGGCGGCUGCAGCUGUAGCCUCCCCCUCCGCACUACCCCUGGUCACACAACUCACCGAGAUGGGGUUCUCCCGCCGCACUGUCGACACAGCCGUCAAAGUGUUAAGCGAGAACAGUGACAACCCUAUGACAGUGGAGAGACUUGUGGCCUGGUUGUUGGAACACCCUGAGGAUUGUCUGUCCGAUUCUCCUUCUCUGUCUUCAUUCGAUGCUCUCUCAGAUAAGGACUCUCUGUCUGACGAAGUCACCUCGUGCACGGAGGAGCAGUCGAGUUCGACCACGCACUACCACAAGCGGUCGGAUUUCUUCAGUCAUGACGAGUACGCGAUGUACGUGAGAGACUACGUGGCGCCUGGCAUGCUCGUGAGGUGUUGCAAGACUAUAGACGAGGUCCAGCAGGGUGAGGUCGGCAGAGUGCUGGCCAUCGACCAUGAGGGGCUUCAUGAUCUCAACCUUCAGGUUCUGUGGCAGGAGCGACCAGGCCGGGAACAGAACACAGUCUGGGUGAGGUUCAUCAACGUAGAGCUGCUCGGUUUCUCAGCCCCCACCACAGUAGGCCCCGCUAUCAAGGUGGGGGACAGAGUGAGGGUGAAGGCAUCCGUAGCCACUCCACGGUUCAAGUGGGGCUCCAUCGAUCACAACAGCAUCGGCGUGGUCACCAGUGUGAGCAGCCAUGGCAAGGGAGUGACCGUAGACUUUCCGCAGCAGAGCAACUGGACAGGCGUUGUGUGUGAGAUGGAGGUGGUUCCUUCUUGCCACCUCAACAUCAGCUGUAACGGCUGCCGCAUGUUUCCCCUGGUCGGUCCCAGAUUCAGGUGCAAAGCUUGCGACAACUUCAACUACUGCGAGAACUGUUUCUACACCCAGAAAAACCACCGGCACAGCUUCAGUCGGAUAUUUGAGCCUGGCAGUGCUGCAGUGUUUGCUGGUAGACCUGGUAGAUUCAACAGACAAGACAUGCAGCCAGAGACAGACAACAUUGAGGACUGGUCACAGUGUAUCAAGAGUUUUUCCGUGUCGAGUAGAGAGAGCUCAGCUCACCAUCUGAUUGAUCCCUUCUCAGACAUGUAUUGGCAGAGUGCCGGCUCCCAGGGAAAGCAUUGGAUCAGACUGGAGAUGCAACCAGACAUUGUUGUUCAGUCGCUCCGUAUGAAGGUGGACCCGUGUGACAGCAGCUACAUGCCUUCAUUGGUGGUGGUGAGUGGAGGCAACUCCUUCACCGGACUACAGGAGCUGGCGACUGUCCACGUACGCAACACCAACACCAUCGUCACGCUGCUCUCUGAUGUCAAGAAGUACUACCCUUUCAUCGAGAUAGCCAUCAAGCAGUGCCGCAACGGAGGUAUUGACUGCAAGAUCCACGGUUUGUACAUCAGCGGACGACGCAGAUCUCCCUUCAGCGACCUUCCAGCCUCCGUGUCCUUCCUCGCCUCAGACUGUCCUGAUCUGCAGUCGUACAACUACAUGUCAGAGCUGGAGAACAAUGCUGCCAACAACCCCAGCAAGGUGUUUGUAUGGGGACUGAAUGACAAGGACCAGCUGGCUGGUUUAAAGGGCUCCAAGGUCAAGUUCCCCUUUUACUCCGAGGUGCUCACGUCUCUGCGACCCACUUAUAUCGCCGGUGGCUCCAAGUCUCUCUUCAUCGUCUCACAUGACGGCAAGCUGUACGCGUGUGGAGAGAGCACCAACGGCAGACUGGGUCUCGGCCACAGCAACAACGUUUCACUACCCAGACAGCUGACGUCUCUCAGUCAGUACGUGGUCAAGAAGGUGGCUGUACACUCGGGAGGCAAACAUGCCAUGGCGCUCACACUGGACGGCAAGGUAUUUUCGUGGGGGGAGGGGGACGACGGCAAGCUGGGUCAUGGAAACCGUUUGACCUUGGAGAAGCCUCGGCUGAUUGAAGCGCUCAAGUCAAAGCGUGUGAGAGACAUUGCGUGCGGCAGCUCACACAGUGCAGCCAUCACGAGCAACGGAGAACUGUACACUUGGGGCCUCGGAGAAUACGGCAGACUGGGCCACGGUGACACCGUCACACAGCUCAAGCCUAAACUGGUCAAGGCGUUGCUGGGUAACCACAUAGUGAAGGUGGCGUGUGGGUCGCGCGAUGCCCAGACCCUGGCAUUGUCUACGGACGGCAUGGUGUUCUCGUGGGGCGACGGAGACUUUGGCAAGCUGGGCCGCGGCGGCAGCGAAGGCUGUGACAAACCUCACAAUGUGGAGCGACUCAACGGCCUCGGUGUCACUCAUAUUGAGUGUGGCGCUCAGUUCAGCCUUGCGCUCACCAAGAGUGGACAGGUGUGGACGUGGGGCAAGGGAGAUUACUUCCGCCUGGGGCUAGGUACAGACCAGCAUGUGAGGAAGCCCACCCUAGUAGAGGCUCUGAGAGGGGAGAAGGUGGUGCAUGUAGCAGUGGGAGCGUUGCACUGUCUGGCCGUCACUGACAUGGGAGUGGUGUAUGCGUGGGGAGACAAUGAUCACGGACAGCAGGGUAACGGCACGACUCUGGUCAACCGCAAGCCUUCGCCCAUCCAAGGGUUUGGAGACGUCCACAUCAACCGCGUGGCGUGCGGCUCGUCUCACAGCGUGGCGUGGUGCGCUGUAGACCGCAAGGCCAAGUUUGUGGCCGACCCUGUGCUCUUCGGUCAAGCUAAGGACGCACUGGGAGCUCACAUCAUGGGACUCGGAGAAGCAACCAACUACAAGGACCUGUACACUGUGGGACCUCUGGGGGCUCGUGAGUCUCUGGCUCGCACCAUUCUCUCACUGGAGUCCAACAUGGCUAAGCAGAACGCACUGCAGCACGUACUGAACGCACUACGCGUGAUGUACGCUCGAGACGCAGUCAUCGCUGCCCUCACCUCCAACAACAAGAUGGACGCCCCUACCACAUCAGAAGAUGCAGCAGACAGCCCAGAGACGCCUCAGACUACAGUGCCUCCUACUGCGGAGAUAGCUCAGGGUGGAGGGGAGGCUCCUGCUUGUGAGGCGGAGAUGGCAAACAUUAGCACCAAGUCUACACCAGAAAGUACAGACAGUCCGUUGGCUGCGUUCCCGUCCAUGUCUAUGAGCAGCUCAGCCAGUCUCUCCUCUCGGGCUUCCAAAAUGUCUGCCAGCGCAAUGAGUGUCAUCGCAGCCACCAUGAAGUGCAAUCCCCAGGCGUUGGGGCUGGGCGAGGCAGCCAAGAGGCCAGUUUCCAACCUAGAUGACUUUACAUCACUGUUGGGCCUCCAUGACGCCCGCAUGUUGGUAGACCUGCUCAAGCUGGCUGUAGCCAAGAGGGUAGGGCCUGGUGCCAAAGAGACCAUCGCCACCAUCCUCAUCAGUAUGGCGACAUCUAUGCCGUCAGUGGCUGGCAUGUUGUUGGAGCUGUGUGUGACGGAACUGGAGGAUGUUGCUCUCAACAACAACAACAUCAACGCAACGCCCAUCCCUGUCAUACAGGAGAGCUCUCACCCCUACAUAGACGAUAUUGCCCUCAGCGGACACGUCAAGAUACCUGGAGCCGUGGUGCUGAGGGUGGAGUUUGACCGACAAUGCAGCACGGAGCGCAGACACGACCCUCUGUGUAUCAUGGACAGCAGUGGAAAGACAAUCUGCGUAAAGUCUGGCCGCGACUGGAGCGAUUGGUGUUCACCAGCCAUCAUACAUGGUGAUGAACUAAAAUGGAAGUUCUCCAGUGACGGGUCAGUGAACGGAUGGGGCUGGAGGUUCACAGUUUACCCCAUCACCAGUCACGACGGGCCGACCGGGUCAGACCGGGACAUGCUGUCCAAGCCCAGUGUGGAGCUAGUGAUGAGUCUACUGGAGCCUUGCCUCUCUCUAGCACCUCAUCGCUCACUCAUUACCAGACUGGUGGCAGCACUGGCGUCCUGCUCUCAGCUCAGCUCACUUGGACCAAGUGAGCGGAUGUGGUGCCUGGAGACUCUGAGGGAAGUGUUAUGUUCGGAUCUCGGAAAAUUGUUGGAUAUGUCGGCACUCCUGCAUACAGAUCAGGUGGAUUCUGCACUGUCCAGUCUAUUAAGAGGUCUUCCACAAGCGUUACUCAGACAAUAUGAAUACGAGGAACCUUCAGUCAAAGCUGGUCGACAACUCAUGCACAGUCCGUUCUUUAAGGCGCUGGUAGCCCUGGCUUGUGACCUAGGCCUUGACUCCCUCGCCUGCUGUGCUGACAACAAGAAGUGGAUGUGGUUCAGACGCUACUGUCUUGCCAUGAGGGUGGCUUCCUCACUCAUACAGCGCACUCCUUUACCUCAGUCCUUCUGUUUGGAGGUGCAGAAGGAGAUUUCAGAAGUUGCAACGCGCAGUGGUGACUACAAGAAUGAGCAUGAGAACCAUGACUUGUUCAAACCUGAACAUGACGAACAACUGCUUCUGUGGGUGAACAGGCAACCAGAAGACUGGAGUUUGUCGUGGGGAGGCACCAACACUAUCUACGGCUGGGGUCACAACCACCGAGGUCAACUGGGGGGUGUGGAGGGGGCGAAGGUGAAGGUGCCUACGCUGUGUGACGCCCUCAGUGCGCUACGGCCCGUCCAGAUAGUCGGGGGAGAACAGACACUGCUAGCAGUCACGUCCGACGGGAAAGUGUACGCCACCGGCUAUGGUGCUGGGGGCAGACUAGGCCUAGGCAACUGUGACACAGUGACUACUCCCACCCUCAUAGACUCAUUGGAGAAUGUGUUCAUCAAAAAGGUCGCUGUCAAUUCCGGGGGGAAGCACUGUAUGGCUCUCACCUUCGACGGAGAGGUCUACUCUUGGGGUGAAGGCGAUGACGGCAAACUGGGUCAUGGUAACAAAUCCAUGUGUGACAGACCCACCCUAGUGGAAGCGCUAAGAGGCAAGGAGAUAGUAAACAUAGCGUGUGGAGGUUCUCACAGUGCAGCUAUCACGGUACACGGGGAGCUGUACACGUGGGGCAAAGGACGCUACGGCAGACUGGGCCAUGGCGACACCGAGGACAAAUACGUACCUAAACUGGUGGAGGCAUUGCUGGGGUACAAUGUGGUGGACGUAGCUUGUGGCAGUGGAGACGCCCAGACUCUAGCAAUUACAGACGACGACAGUGUGUGGUCGUGGGGCGACGGAGACUAUGGGAAACUGGGCAGAGGUGGUUCAGAUGGUUGCAAGGUACCUAUGAAGAUAGAGUCUCUGGCAGGUCUGGGGGUUAUCAAGGUAGAGUGUGGAAGUCAGUUCUCAGUUGCUCUCACUAGGUCUGGCUCCGUCUACACAUGGGGUAAAGGAGACUACCAUCGCCUCGGUCAUGGAACAGACGACCACGUGAGACGACCUCGCAAGGUAGCUGCUCUACAGGGCAAGAAGGUCAUUAGCAUCGCUACAGGGUCGUUGCACUGUGUAGCGUGCACUGACCAAGGUGAAGUCUACACUUGGGGAGACAAUGACGAAGGCCAGCUGGGAGACGGUACAACUACGGCCAUCAUGAGACCGAGACUCAUCAUGGCUUUGCAGGGAAAGAAGAUGACGCGGGUGGCGUGUGGCUCGGCGCACACGUUGGCAUGGAGCACGGACAAGCCGUUUGCCUCCACUGUGCCGACAAAGGUGCCGAUGGAAUACGACCUGCUGAAGGAACUGUCGCCCUCGCUGAUCCGCAACAGACUCGUGCUGCUGCUGCAUUUCAGCGACCUGUUGUGUCCCAAUGUCUCCAUGUUCCCCCUCACUGGCGACGUCAGUCUCGACUCACUGCGCGGCUUCCUGGUCUACAUGGUCAAGGAGAUCACGUUCCGCAAGGUGGUGCAAGCCACGAUGGUGAGGGACCGACAGCACGGGCCGGUGAUAGAGCUGAACCGCAUCCAGGUGAAGCGGUCGCGCAGCAAGGGUGGUCUGGCAGGACUGGACGGCAUCAAGUCUGUGUUCGGCCAGAUGCUGGGCAAGGUGCAGUUCCUCACGCAGGAGGCGCUGUUCCUGCCUCACCGCGUGUGGAAGGUCAAGUUUGUAGGGGAGAGUGUAGACGACUGCGGUGGAGGGUACAGUGAGAGUAUUGCAGAGAUGUGUGACGAGCUACAAAACGGCUCACUUCCUCUACUCAUCCCUACCCCUAACGGACGAGAUGACACGGGCACCAACCGAGACUGCUUCCUGCUCAACCCCGUGGCCAACUCACCCUUGCAUCUCAACAUGUUCAGGUUCUUAGGAAUGCUGAUGGGAAUUGCUAUCAGGACAGGCAGUCCACUAAGCCUCAAUCUAGCGGAGCCAGUGUGGAAACAGCUGGCAGGAAUGCCUCUAACACCAGCUGAUCUGCAGGAGAUUGACAGGGAUUAUGUGCCAGGACUGCUCUGUAUCAGAGACAUGAGUCCUGAUGACAAGGAGCUGAACACACUAGACAUGCCGUUCUCAACUCCCUCGGCCACCGGGGUCGACGUGCCUCUGUCCUCCACUCAUCGUAAGGUCACGCCCCAGAACAGGGAGGAGUACAUCCGUCUGGCGCUAAACUACAGGUUGCACGAGUUUGACGAGCAGGUGGUCGCAGUGAGGGAGGGGAUGGCCAAGGUAGUGCCAGUCCCACUGUUGACGCUAUUCAGUGGCUACGAGCUGGAAACCCUGGUAUGUGGCUCGCCUGACAUCCCCUUGGCGCUACUCAAGUCUGUCGCUACGUACAAGGGUGUGGAGGCGAGUGCUCCGCUAGUCCAGUGGUUCUGGGAGGUGAUGGAGGAGUUUUCCAAUCAGGAGCGAUCUCUGUUUCUCAGGUUUGUCUGGGGUCGCACUCGGCUUCCUCGCACUAUUCCCGACUUCAGAGGACGAGACUUCGUUCUACAGGUUCUGGACAAGUACAAUCCUCCCGAUCACUUCCUACCAGAGAGCUACACUUGUUUCUUCCUGUUGAAGAUGCCACGCUACUCGUGUAAAUUGAUUCUCCGCGAGAAGUUGAAGUACGCGAUACACUUUUGCAAGUCCAUCGACACAGACGAGUACGCAAGGGUUGCGAUGCCUCGUUCGCUCCAUGCGAGCUCCAACAGCGAGAGCGACGGACUUGAGAGCAUUGCAAGCGAAGAGAUUGGCUCAUCAUAAACUGCGAGUGUACGCAAUUAAAUCGCUUCAAACAUGGAAAGUCGUACUACCAGUCACAAAAUCCUAUUAACCAAACUUCUACCUGGUUUUAUCUGCUCUUAAAUUUUAGUUACCUUUUCUACCAUUUGAUAUUUUAGUACUGUCUAGGAUGUAAGAAAUAUUUUGGUUGAAGACCGAAUAUGCCUAUCUUCUAAAUAACCACACAACUGCCGAAUGUAUAUUUUGUAUAGUCUCGUAAAAUUUAGUAUUUUUGUAUAUUUUAAUGUCAUAUUUUUAGUUAUUGUGUUAAAAUUAAAAAUAAUUAAUUUACUGUGAUUUUAAAUUGUUUAUUGUAGAUGUUUGAAUAGGUGUUCGUAAUGGUUUUAGCUUAGUUAUUUUUAUUGUCUUUUGUAUGAGCCAUUAAAUAGUAUUAAAAAUUAAAGUAUAUUAGGUUUUUAGGAUUUUAUUUAAUUUUUUUUUGUCUAUUAUAAAGCCAUUAUAACUUGUUAAAGUGUUGUUUUUUUAAACUAUUUUUAAUUAAAGAGUUAUUACU